ACUCUAUCACCCCUUGUGACCUUUCCUUGCUCAAAUGCAGGAUAUUUAUAGGCAACUUAGCCGUGCUCAUUCAGUUGCCUCAUCCAAACUCCAUGCCAAGUUUAAGCACCAUUUUUAGGCAAUCUGUUCUUCAUCACCGUUGCUUUUUCUUUCACCUUUUGAACGAAAAAUCGAAAGUUGGAAAAUUUUAUAUUUAGUCUCUUUCGAUUUAACUCUGUUUUAAGCUUAGUCUCAAAAAUGUCAAGCAACAGAAGAAAGCUGAUUUUCAACACAGUUUCAGUCAGCUUAGGGUGCAGCAGCUGCAAGAAAACCAAGCUCACUAGUUUUUUCAACCCAAAACCCAAACCAAAAUCUCGUUACUAUAAAACCCAUUCUCCAUAUAACUACUCUUCUUCAAGCUCAUCCAAGAAAACAACAACCCAAUGUUCUUUCUCUGAAUACGAAACUGCCAACUCCUUUUCUCCAAGCACAGGCACUCCCCAGUACUGGGACAUAGACAACGACGCAGACCAAGACGCAAACUGUUCAACGGCGACCGUACAAGGGUUUGGCGGCUUCGGAGGGGAAAGCCUAGCGGUGGAGAAAGACUCCGAUGACCCUUAUUUGGAUUUCCGGCACUCCAUGUUGCAAAUGAUAUUGGAGAAAGAGAUAUAUUCGAAAGAUGAUUUAAGGGAGCUUCUAAACUGUUUCUUGCAGCUGAAUUCGCCCCAUUACCAUGGGAUUAUUGUUAGAGCUUUCACGGAGAUAUGGAAUGGGGUGUUCUCCGUCAAGCCUGGUGCUUCCACCAAGCUGCACUUUGGGUUCAGGCCACGUGACUUGUAGGUGCUGCUGAUGCCACAGUUUUUUGGGGGCUUUAGCUUCGAGUAUGGGUUAGAAAAAAUAUAUUAGUUGGCGUAUAAACACUUGUUAAGUUAGUAUUUAAACAAAUAUUUCCACGUUUAAUGCAGUAGUAAGUUGUGAGUGUGAAGCUUUUUUGAUGCAUUAAAGGAAAAAAACAUUUCUUUAAAUGAAAA